AUGGCGGAGCAGCAGCCCAUCGGGCUGCUGCAGGAAUUGGCUCGCGAUUUCAAUGUCCGGGAUCCCCGCAAACUAUUUCAAAUCGCCCGGCGGGAGUUCCCAGAUCGGCGGGACCUGACGAGUGCGCGGGCCGCGGCGGCCUUGCGUGGUGAUGUUGCCAGACAGAUCCUGGACGCCCUGCCGGGACAGGCGGUGCACCGGCAGAAGGACCCUUCGGACCGCAAUGCAACCGCCGUGGUAGAUAGGGCAAUUCAAACUUUGAAGAAGGACCUGGCGGGCAAGGUGGCCCGCAGCGGGGGCGGCUGGGCGGAGCAUGUGGAUGAGGCGGCGGAGGCCUACAAUGCCCGCCCGCACCAGGCGGUGACGGUGGCCCCGGAGGAUGUGGAGAG